AUGGCACAAAGCCGAUUCCUGUUCUUGGGAGCAGGUAAUGCGCCAUCCAAAUUCUUUGAAAAAGCCCUGCGCCGCCUCCAGUCUCAGCACAAGUUUCAGCUCGAUGCUUUGCAGAGCGGAGAUGCCUAUGGAGUACUCCAGAAUAAGCAUGCUUAUGACGGGCUUUGUCUGUACAACUCCAAAGACGGAGUGAAUGUUCUGAAGGACCAGCUGGCCUCGCAACAGUUGAAGUGGGUUCACUGUUUUACCGCUGGGGUUGACGCCUACCUGCGAGAUCCGGUCGUCAAAGCAUCGCAAAUCCCCCUCACCAACGUCAAGUCUGCCUACAGCGAGCAUCUUGCACAGUUUGUGGUCUUUGCGGUGCUCUUCUUCGCAAAGAAAGCCAUCCAUUUUCAGACCUCGCAGAGAGCAAGGCUUUGGGCACCUACCUUUGUGGAUGACUUAGCGGAGCAGACCAUCUUGAUAGUAGGCUAUGGUGAUAUCGGCACAGCCUGCGCAAAGAAGCUGCAUGGCUUAGGUAUGAAGGUAGUGGGAGUGAAGGCUCGUCCAGAGUCUACUCCUGAGCUGAGCAGACAGUAUGCCCAAGACGUUCAUGCAAUUGGUCAACUCGAUUCCUUGCUCCCUGCUGCUGACUACGUGCUGAAUCUGCUACCACUUACCCCAGCGACACAAGACUUCUUCGAUGCACGUCUCUUCGGCCUCAUGAAGCCUACUGCCGUCUACUUAAACUUUGGGCGGGGACCGACCAACAACGAAGUGGACUUGUUGGCAUCGCUGAAGAAUGGGCAAAUUGCUGGGGCUGUUAUGGAUGUUUUCCGGAAAGAGCCACUCCCAGCAGAUAGCGAGUUCUACGGACUCGAGAAUGUCUUCCUAACACCGCAUUCAGCAGAUGACACAGCCAACACGCACGACAAUGCAGUCCGCGUGUUUGAGCAGGUCUUGCAAAGAUAUUUGGAAGGGAAGCCUUUCCUGAACCUGGUCGACAAAGACCUAGGCUAUUAG